GCAUUCUCCGUUCACAGCGCGAGAUGCCGUAUUCGACCGUUCGACUGUCAUGUUUCAUUCAUAAAGAACAAAACCGUGACGUUAGCGAGUGAUCGUUCGAGCAUGAGCAUGCCUGAUCAUUGAAGCGCGCCGGGUAGAAGUAAUUACCACGAAGUCCAAAGAAGUUUCGUCGAUUUCAUUCUGGUUCUGCUCUGGCUAGUACCGGCUAGUUCCGGUUUAGUUGAUGCGUACUCAUAUGCGUAUUUACAGUUUUUAUUACAAAGUAGAAUUGGUAGAAUGCAAAACGUACGGUUGUUCAUCAUACUUUCCGGAACGUAUUUAAAAUAUGUCGUCGUCUUUCGAGCAUAAGGCCAAAAUUUAUGCUCCACCUAAAUGAAGCUAUCGUCUCAAGAUCUACCGAAUUUUAAUAUUGUGUGUAAAAUAUUUCAACGACUUGUGUUUCUUCAGCUUCAUCUUCCAGUUUAGCUAGUAGCAGACUUCGCAGCCAGCGGUACUAGCAGAAAUCGCAGAGAAACAUAGCGACAAAUAACAAUAAAACACAAUUGCAGCUUACAGUGCCCUCUCUGGGAAGGCAAAAUAUUUUCUAGCAUGUUUUGAGCGGAGGAGCUCCCCAGUUUUGAUUCAGUUUGUAGUUUCGUUCCCUGCCCCCUUUUAAGUCUGAUCUCAUGAAGAAUUCUCGGUUUCCCUGGUAAGCACGACUGUCCAGCCGUUCGGUGAGAUUGUCCACUGUGUCUUUCAACGUCCCCAAAACCACGUACAGCGAAGCAGAGCGGAGCGGUCAAUAGUGGUCACCUGAAACCCUCCGUUUCGGAGGGGCCGUAGCCGCUACGACAGAGGCAUUGUCGAGAAAUACUAAGAAGACCGAACGUCGCGGGAGGCUUCGGUUGACUCAGUUCGAAAGCGGCAUGACGGACCGAUCAAGGCUGCUACACUACAUGACGUCCGGGGAAUAGAUGCGACUCCUGAUGGCUGCCGAAUCCGGUGGACAGCAUGAAUACGUGGUCCUCGAACCUUUUAUCCACCAGGUUGGAGGACGCUCAUCGAUGCUAUGCUUGGACGAACUGACCCUGUGCAAGCCACUCAUACUGCAGGAACUCAGGUUCUAUGAAAACCUUCCAGAUGUGCUUAAGCCCUUUACGUCGGAAUACAAAGGUGUGGUAGAAGUGGCGCUAUCAGAGGAUCCCGAUGGCUACCUGACUCUGACAGCGCAUUCAUCGUACGAGCAUCUCAAAAAUGGCUGUGCAUCUAGUCACUCCAUCAAGAGCACAGACAGCCUCACAAGGGCCCGGAAAUACAGGAUGCGUUGGCAGAAGGCUGGCAGUAUCGAGAUUGAACCGGUGUUGAAGGAGAGUGCUCAGCUCUUUGAGGAGCACGACGGCGGCAAGAAGGACAGCUUCACCACCCACAAUCCGUGGAUCGUGCGCUGCCACAACCACCAGAUCCAGAAGUUCCUUUCGUCGUCUGGAAGCCCCAAAGAGUUUAUCCUGCUAGAGAACCUGACAGCCCGCUACACAUUUCCCUGCAUUUUGGACCUGAAGAUGGGCACAAGGCAGUACACAGACGACGCCUCCGAAGAGAAGCGCAAGAGCCUCGACGCCAAGGUGGCCUCCACCACGUCCAGCCCCCUAGGCCUCCGAAUUUGCGGCAUGCAGGUGUACCAGCAGAACCUGGGCUACUACAAGUGCCACAACAAGUACUUUGGUCGCUCUCUCAAUGUGGAGGGUUUCAGGCAGACCCUUUUCCACUUCCUCCACGACGGCAUCCGCUUCCGCUCCGACAUCCUCCUGCCCCUCAUAGAGCGCCUCCAAGCACUCUACAAGGCCGUGGAACAGCUGGAAUCGUUCCGCUUCUACACGAGCUCUCUGCUAAUCCUGUACGAGGGCAAAAACACAGACGGAAACUCCAACGAAAGCAGCCGUCCUCCUACGGAGCGCCCCUUCACCAAGCGACCCUCAACCUCGUCUCCCGUCGACGUGCGCAUGAUUGACUUUGCGCACUCGGUCCACAGCCCCAAGGACCAAGGCCCUGAUCAGGGCUACCUCUUCGGCCUCAAGAGCCUCAUCGCUCAGCUGCAGAUGCUGAAGCAGGACAACUGAAGUGGUACAAACUGGCAUCACAAACUCGGAAUAUGGGGUGAGAAAGGAACUGGGGUGGGAUAGAUUAAUCUGAGACAGGCUAUGGUGGGAAAGACUGCAAUGGUAUGGACUGAGGUGAUAGGUCUCCAGUGAGCAAAACUGGGACGGGUGCAAGGUGGUGUCACAAAUUGGGAAAGUUAUAUGGGACGAACUGGAAUAUAUGAGGGGCACUGAAGUUGGACAAUGUGGAAUGGGACCGAUUGAUGCAAGACAGACUGGGAAAUUUGAAUGGGACAAGGGGAGAUACGAGAAAUUGGAGUGAGACAAAUUGAUACGAGACACUGCAGUGGGAAAUACUGGAGUGGAACAAAAUGGAGCAAUUGGUUUACUGUGUAAAAACACUGGAAUGGGACGAACAGGACAGAUGUGAGUCAGACAAACUGGAACAGGACAAACUAUUGUGGGAUAAUUUAUGGACAAGCUCUACUGAGACAGGGUGCAGGCAGACAACUCAUUCUGGACAACUCAGUGGAAACAACAUAAGUAUGCUAUUUUUCUGAGAGCUGUGUUGGGAAAGAGAAAGGUUUUCCUGGCACAGACACUACUGUGUUGUCUCUGAUGGUUCGUGGACCGGUGCAAAUCAGUCUUUCCAAUGAUCGGGUUGAUGGAGCGUGUGGAUGAUGAAACAGCAUAAUUUGCGUAGGUUAACAAAAACUAUUUGAGCUCAUACCAUCGGGUGAAAUAGCACCUCCCUAUUUGAGUGUGAGGAGUGCCAGAUUUCUGGCUAGGUGUCGAAUCGCAUGAAGAUCUCUUUAUUCCUAGCAUGUGAUUGUGGAGAGACGGCAUUUUCUAGGUGAUGGGUUUGCAGCUUUCUUUGGGGUGCUGCCAAUUUACGAGCAUUGUGUUUUAGAAGGUGGUUAUAGCAGCAUUUUUUUUUUGCAAGGGUGCGAGUCGCUAGUCUAUGUAGCCGGUGAUAAGGGGGUCCGGUUCUACCCAGUUGCUUUUGGGAAAGGUUGACAUAAGCCGUUGCUUCGUCAUCUCACAAAAACUCUCGGGGCACAAUGACGUGGUUCCAGGUGUGUGUGUGUUGCCACCCCUUGUUCUUUUCGUCGGUGACUGGUGCCCUUUGUUUAGUGUUGGAAGGGAGUGUACAUGUCUGGCGCAAGUCGCGUGAAAUUAUGAAUCCCGUCGACGAGUGACCAGAUUAAAUCGCUUUUCCUUGCUAGGGAAGCCAGCUGACCAAAGGGUUACUAAAGCAGGUUGAGGCUUUCUUCCGGUGAUUGCAUCCGAAGGCUGGAGAAAACGUUUUAAGGUGUUUUUAUGGGGCCGGUUGGUUUUUGUACUUGUUUUUACGUGCCACCAUGUUUUUGGGUGUCUGUUUUUUGAAUGCGACAUACAGGGAGCGGGUGGCUUUCUUCGAGGGAACGUCCCGAGAAAUCGUUUUGGUGUGGGUCUUUAGGUCUACUCGACUCUAUACUCGGUUCUCUUUGUAAACAGUCAUUGGUUUUCAUCAUUUUUGUUCAACGUUCACAAAGCUGUUGCUUGUUUGUGAUAAAAGAAUGUCUUAUUUUGUGAGGAUUGCAUGCUUCUUGUUUUUAGAGAAGCUUCAUUAUUAUGCAUAUAAUGUUGGGAGUAAUUCCAGUUACAUUCUGCUGGUUCCAGUUUGCCAAAUUCUAUGUUGAAACAUAUAUCUCUUUGCGGGGACUCACUUGCAAGGUGUUAGUGGAAGCGUGCACGUGCUGACGUGCAGGGACGUCGUCUGUGACAGGACAGCCGUGUCACCGACAUAGAGACGUUAGUUGUUCAACACAAUGAAAGCAAUAUAGUAUGUACAUCUAAUUAUCAAUUUUAUUUAAGUGUCCACAGUGGGCACUGAGUGUCUACUUCCACAGCAGAACUCUCAUAUUUUCUUUCGUGCCCGUCUAAGGAGCACGCAAGAUGAAUUCUGUGCGGAUUUUGGGUCCGUCACGGGGGCCUAGAAUUUGGCCCCAACUGUUAAUGUUAGGUUGCCUAUUUUGGUCUGCUUGUGCCAGUGGGGAAGCCUUUCCUUCUAGUACUGCGCGUCCCUGAACUCCUGAACAAAAGCCCCAUUUAUAUAUCGCCUCCCGUGCGGUAGUUCUACUCCAUCUUUAGGAGAGCAGCCCGAGAGGGUGCAUCUCUACUCUUGUUUGUUUUGUUGUUCUCACUGUUGACGUGAAGUCCACAGUAAAACGCUCGACUGCGGCUAUCGGAUGAGUGUACAUAAUGGCGCCAUGGUGCUGUGUCCAGAACCCCCUGGGCGUGACCAUAGGCUUAGGGAUGUUUAUGUGCAGAAGCUUCAGAUUGUGUUCAUUGUAACAUUCACCAGCAGUUGACAUGCCUCAAGGUUGUGAGCACACACACACAUACACACACUUGUUUUCUGACCCUUUAAGUUGCCCGAUUUUAAUUGUAAAACCCACGCGAAGUGGGUGCUUGGACACCUUGGUCACAAACCUUUGUCCUGCCGCAAACGAGAUCUUUCCACCUCGUCUGCGGCCGAAGUUGUUACUGGCCGACAGAGUGACGGUCUUUGUCUUCUGGGGUGGAGCUGUCACCCCUGGAGGCUGUAUUUGUGUAUCUGCCAUUUUUGGUAUUGUUAAUGGUGGUUAUGGUUUCGUUUCUUGGUGUGGCUCUUUCGUGGCUUUGUUCCGUGAUGCACCUGUUUUGCUUAAAAGCUUGCUGCACAUUCAGUCAGUCUGUUUUCUGUUUGUUGACAUACUAGGCCUUCAGCAGCAAAGUGCACAACAUUGACCGACUAGCAUCGUAGCUGGGUUGGACUUGCCGUAGGUGUUGACAACGGGUUGCCAAACUUGCCCGGACGGGCGAGCCGUGGAAACUUGCGCGACCGUCUUUUAGGUUUUCUUCUCGACAUCGUAGGAAACGGGUAUAGUAAUUGUUCUCUUUCAGGUUGUUAUCAAAAGGAGGAAGUUUAUGCAUGUUGCUUGUUGUAUUUUAAACAUGUACAUACACUUUCUAAAUGACUAUAAAGUAUUUAUGCACGGGUAUAUUGAAUGCUAUA